AAAAUAUAAACAGUCCUCCAUUGAUAUUCUUCUUCAAUCCAAAAGCUUUAAGAAACCAAACCAGUUUAGCAUCAAUGGCUGGAGCUAAUAUAACUUCCUACGAGGAUUUCGAACCGUACUGCAAGUGGCAAAGAGCGCCGGAAUGCGACACUCUCGAGGUUCAUCUCCAUGGUUUCAAAAAGAAUCAACUCAAGAUUAACGUCAGCAAUCUUGGAGUUAUGACAGUAACUGGAGAACGUCUUUUAGAUGACAGCAAACGGAGUCGUUUUUGCAGAGAAAUAAAGCUUUCAAAAGACCAUAAAACUAAUGAAAUUCGUGCAAAAUUGACCGGUGGCAUUCUUUACAUUGUUAUGCCCAAGAAAGCACCAUUAUCAACCUUAUUAGCGCCGGAAAAUCAAGAAAGUGAAAGAACGAGAAAAAAGGCCACGUCAAAUAAAGAAUUGGUUAAUACUACUACUAUGAUCAGUACUGAGAAUAAUGCUGCAUUGCUUAACCUUAAUAAGCUAUCAAGCUAUGGAUUUCCAUUGAAAGAUUGGGUUUUGAAGCUUCGAACUAGAAAUUUUGCUAUAGCAUUUGCUGCGGUGAUAGUUGUUACUGCAUUUGCAAUGUACAAGCAUCAUCAGCCCCAGAAUUGUUGAAAACUAGCUAUGCUAGAAUUAAUUACGUCCCUGUAUAUAUAUUUAAAAUUAUUAUAUAACCUUUUCUGCUCUCUGUAUAUGAACCUUUUAAUGUUUAAUUUCCAUAAACAGAAACUGAAAUAAAUUAACUUUAUUUUGUUUGGAACAAA